GUUCUCUUAGUGAUCUGAUACAUUUUAGUGUGUGCGUGUGGAGAAAACUUGUGAAUAUUUCUUUUUGUUUUGCAAAAUAAAAGUGUAGUUGUUUUAUAUUUAAUCAACAAAUCUCUUGCCAAUCAUUGACAAUGGCUUCCGAAGAAGAAAAUGAGGAAACUAUCCAUGAAGAGGAGGAGGCAGCAGAUGAGACCGCUCAACAAGCUGAACUAUCUAAUGACUCGGAUGCACCUUUGAAGCCAAAUAAUGACGAAGAUGACGAUUACGAUCCCGAGGAUACGCGAAAAAAGAAAAAGGGUAAAAAGCGCAAAACCAGAAAAGGCGAAGAAAAGGGUCGUAAGAAAAAGAAACGCAAGAAGAAUGAAAGUGAGGAUGACAGUGAUUUUAUGCAGCAUGACGAUGAUGCAGACUACGCCAAUACUUCGUCGUCGAAGCGAGGGCGUAAACGCAAGGAAGUUGAUAAAUCAAGCAAAGAAAAGGAAACAUCAUCAUCGGGCAUGCCAUCUGUCGAAGAUGUCUGUUUGGCAUUUGAUGUGACCGAUGUUGAUAUUCAAUAUACCGAAGAGGAGCUACAACAAUUGACAACCUAUAAGGCUUUUACACAGCACGUCCGGCCAAUAUUGCAAAAAGAGAAUACCAAAGUACCGGCACCCAAGCUGAUGAUGUUGGUAACGGCUAAAUGGCGUGAGUUUUGUGAUGCUCAUCCGAAUCUUGUGCAAAAUGAACAAAAUGAAACAGCCAAUGAACCUAGAUCAUCGCGCUCAUCGAGGAAUGAAAAGCCCGAUGAUUUGUACGAGGAGGAAGAAGACGAAGAAGAGGAGGAAGAAAAAGAAUCCUCGUCUAGUGCCCGUCGUAAACGUGGUGGACGUGGUCGUGGCAAAAAAGGUCGUCGUUCCGGUAAAGUUCCUACGCUCAAGAUCAAAUUUGGCAAACGCAAACGUGGCAGUUCCGACGAAGAUCAAGAUGCCUCGGGGGCUUCGGAAAGAGAUUCCGAUAUAGAAUUUGAGAAAAUGUUACAAAAAUCCGAUGACAGUGCUGAUGAUAUACCCAAUACAUCUUCAGCAGCCGCAACAGCCUCUACAUCGGCGGCAGCAGCAGCCAGUGGUGAGGCUGGGGCCACAAAUGAUGAUGGCACACCGGUGGUUAAGAAGAAGGCCAAAGUUAAAAUUGGCAAUAAAUUCAAGAAAAAGAAGAAGCUCAAGACCACUUCUCGUUUUCCCGACGGCGAGGAUGGGGAACAUGAACACCAGGACUAUUGUGAGGUGUGUCAACAGGGUGGUGAAAUUAUUCUGUGCGAUACUUGUCCCAGGGCUUAUCAUUUGGUUUGUUUAGAACCCGAAUUGGAAGAGCCACCAGAAGGCAAAUGGUCUUGCCCCCAUUGUGAGGCUGAUGGCGGAGCUGCCGAGGAAGACGACGAUGAUGAACAUCAGGAAUUCUGUCGCAUCUGUAAGGAUGGUGGUGAAUUGUUGUGUUGCGAUUCUUGCCCUUCGGCCUAUCACACGUUCUGUCUCAAUCCCCCGUUGGAUACAAUACCGGAUGGCGAUUGGAGAUGUCCACGCUGUAGCUGUCCGGCGCUAACGGGCAAACCUGAGAAAAUAAUCACAUGGCGUUGGGCAGAGACCAAAGACGCGAAAGGCAAAGGCAAGAAUGGAUCCCGUACCCGGGAAUAUUUCGUCAAGUGGCACAAUAUGUCCUAUUGGCACUGUGAGUGGGUACCAGAGAUUCAAAUGGAGGUACAUCAUCCACUGAUGAUCCGUUCAUUUUCACGUAAAUACGAUAUGGAAGAGCCACCUAAGUUCGAAGAAACUCUGGACGAAGCCGAUUCUCGUUAUGUACGCAUACAGCGGCACAAGGCCAAGGGCGGUAUCCAGGCCGAUGAGGAAGACGAACAAUAUAAAAAAGACUUGGAAGAUCGUUUCUAUAAGAAUGGUGUCAAACCGGAAUGGUUGAUUGUCCAGCGUGUCAUUAAUCAUCGCACAGCUCGGGAUGGCACCACCAUGUAUUUGGUAAAAUGGCGGGAUUUGCCCUAUGACAAGUCCACAUGGGAGGAUGAAAGUGAUGAUAUUCCCGGUCUGAAGCAGGCCAUUGACUAUUAUUUGGAUUUAAGGGCCAUGUGUACGUCCGAGCAACGUUUGAAUAAAAAGAAGAAGGGACGCAAGAGCAAAAACAAGGAUCUGGAAGAGGAGGAACGCCCGCAGCGACGUUUCACACCACCGCCAGAGAAGCCCACAACGGAUUUGAAAAAGAAAUACGAAGGCCAGCCACCCUUUUUGGAAGCCACCGGCAUGCAGUUGCAUCCUUAUCAAAUUGAGGGUAUCAAUUGGUUACGCUACUCCUGGAGCAAUGGCGUGGACACCAUUUUGGCCGAUGAAAUGGGUUUGGGUAAAACCAUCCAGACUGUCACCUUUUUGUAUUCCCUCUACAAGGAGGGGCAUUGUAAGGGCCCAUUCUUGGUUGCGGUGCCUCUGUCGACCAUCAUCAAUUGGGAAAGAGAAUUUGAGCUGUGGGCUCCAGAUUUCUAUUGCAUUACCUAUGUGGGAGACAAGGAUUCCAGGGCGGUCAUUCGUGAAAAUGAACUGUCCUUUGAGGAGGGAGCCAUCCGCGGCGGCAAGGCCUCACGCCUGCGUACUAAUCAAUACAAAUUCAAUGUUCUGCUGACAAGUUAUGAAUUGAUUACCAUGGAUGCUGCCUGUCUGGGUUCCAUUGACUGGGCGGUGUUGGUUGUAGAUGAGGCCCAUCGCCUGAAAUCGAAUCAAAGUAAAUUCUUCCGAAUUCUCAAUUCGUAUACCAUCACCUAUAAACUGCUGUUGACUGGUACCCCUUUGCAAAAUAAUCUCGAAGAGUUGUUCCAUCUGCUGAACUUUUUGUCCGGAGACAAAUUCAAUGAUUUGAAUGCUUUCCAAAAUGAAUUUGCCGAUGUAUCGAAGGAGGAACAGGUGAAACGUCUACAUGAAAUGUUGGGACCCCACAUGUUGCGUCGCCUCAAGGCUGAUGUCCUCAAGAAUAUGCCCUCAAAGUCGGAGUUUAUUGUACGCGUUGAAUUGUCGGCUCUGCAAAAGAAAUUCUACAAAUUUAUCCUGACCAAAAACUAUGAGGCCCUUAACUCCAAGAGUGGUGGCAAUUCAUGUUCCCUGGUCAAUGUUAUGAUGGAUUUGAAGAAAUGUUGCAACCAUCCCUACUUGUUCCCCUCUGCGGCUGAAGAGGCAGCCACCACAGCUGGUGGCCUCUAUGAAAUCACAUCGCUGACGAAAGCGGCUGGAAAACUGGUGUUGCUAUCGAAAAUGUUGAAGCAGCUGAAGGAACAAGGUCACCGUGUUUUGAUUUUCUCGCAGAUGACUAAAAUGUUGGAUAUUCUGGAAGAUUUCCUGGAAGGUGAAGGCUAUAAAUAUGAACGUAUUGAUGGUGGCAUCACUGGAAACUUACGUCAAGAGGCUAUCGAUCGGUUCAAUGCUCCGGGUGCCCAGCAAUUUGUGUUUUUGUUAAGUACCAGAGCCGGUGGUUUGGGUAUCAAUUUGGCCACAGCCGAUACGGUCAUCAUUUACGAUUCCGAUUGGAAUCCUCACAAUGAUAUUCAGGCCUUCUCGCGAGCCCAUCGUAUUGGCCAGGCCAAUAAGGUGAUGAUCUAUCGUUUUGUAACCCGUAAUUCGGUCGAGGAACGUGUCACCCAGGUGGCUAAGCGUAAAAUGAUGUUGACCCAUUUGGUGGUACGACCCGGCAUGGGUGGCAAAGGUGCAAAUUUCACCAAACAAGAAUUGGAUGAUAUUUUGCGAUUUGGUACCGAGGAGCUGUUCAAGGAAGAUGACAAAGAGGAGGCCAUUCACUACGAUGACAAGGCAGUGGCUGAGCUGUUGGAUCGCUCCAACAAGGGUAUCGAGGAGAAGGAAUCCUGGGCAAAUGAAUAUCUCUCGUCGUUCAAAGUGGCUUCGUAUGCCACCAAAGAAGAGGAGGAAGAAGAGGAAACGGAGAUCAUCAAACAGGAAGCGGAGAAUUCCGAUCCCGCCUAUUGGGUUAAACUUUUGCGUCAUCACUAUGAGCAGCACCAGGAGGAUGUGUCGCGUACCCUGGGCAAAGGUAAACGUGUACGUAAACAGGUGAAUUACACCGAUGGUGGUGUGGUGGCGGCAGAAUCCACACGUGACGAUAGCAAUUGGCAGGACAACAACUCGGAAUAUAAUUCCGAUUAUUCAGCUGGCUCCGAGGAGGAUGGCGGAGAUGAUGACUUUGAUGAGCAGAACGGUGCUGAGGGUGGACGCAAAGCACGGCGUCGUGUUGAACGUCGGGAUGAUCGUCCAUUGGCUCCGCUUUUGGCUCGUGUUGGUGGUAACAUUGAAGUGUUUGGCUUCAAUUCACGUCAACGCAAGAGUUUCCUCAAUGCCAUUAUGCGUUAUGGCAUGCCACCCCAGGAUGCAUUCAAUUCACAAUGGUUGGUGCGCGAUUUGCGUGGCAAAUCGGAGCGAAACUUCAAGGCCUAUGUUUCAUUAUUUAUGCGUCAUUUGUGUGAGCCAGGGGCAGAUAAUGCCGAAACCUUUGCUGAUGGUGUGCCACGUGAGGGUCUGUCCAGACAGCAUGUUCUGACACGUAUUGGUGUUAUGUCUUUGAUCCGAAAGAAAGUCCAAGAAUUUGAGCACAUCAAUGGCUAUUAUAGUAUGCCGGAAUUGAUUUUGAAACCCUGUGAGCCGGUAAAGUCACUGCAAAAGGAGGAGGGUUCCAUUGUGGAGGGUGGUGGGGUAGGUGUAGCAGCAGCUGUUGGUGGUGGAGCUAAACCCGAAGAUAAGAGUGCUACCACAAGUACAAGUGCAACACCAGCCACAAGUGCUGCUCCCAGUCCAGCACCGGUGGACAAAGUGGAGGAUAGCAAACCCAGCACUACGGCAGGUAAUGAUGACGUCAAGAAAGAAUCCGGAGAAACUGAAGACAAGAAAUCCACAGAGGUUGAUUCCGACAAAAAGGAAGAAAAACCAGAGGUCUCUGCAGAUGAUGUCAAAAAAGAAGCUGGCGAAAAAGAUAAGGAGUUGGCGCCUGAUAGCAAAGAUGGCAUUAAAGAUGAAAAGCCUGACACCCGCGAUCUUAAAAAGGAAAGUUCCGAUGGUGGUGGCGGUGAGGUUAAAAGUGAAAAGGAUGGUGCCAGCGACGCUGCAAAGGAAGAAAAGGCAAAAGAAGAAGCCAACAAAACUGAAAUUAUUGAUGAUGAUGACGAUGAUGUUCUGAUCAUUAAAGAUGACGGCGAAGUUGAGAAACCCUCACAGAGCAUCCAUAAAUCGGUUGCUGCCGCUUCUUCUUCUUCCGCCGACAACAAAGAAGGUUUGACUAAACCCAAAAUAGAAGAAAGUCUUGAAGUCUUGAAACGUAAAUUUAUGUUCAACAUUGCCGAUGGCGGUUUCACUGAACUCCACACAUUGUGGCUGAACGAGGAGAAGGCAGCCGUACCCGGUCGUGAAUAUGAAAUAUGGCAUCGUCGCCACGACUAUUGGUUGUUGGCUGGCAUCGUCACCCAUGGCUAUGGCCGCUGGCAGGAUAUUCAAAACGACAUACGUUUUGCCAUUAUCAAUGAACCAUUCAAAAUGGACGUUGGUAAGGGCAAUUUCUUGGAAAUCAAAAACAAGUUCCUCGCCAGGCGUUUCAAACUACUCGAACAAUCCUUGGUCAUCGAGGAACAAUUGCGCAGGGCCGCAUUCCUCAACCUUGCCCAAGAUCCCACACAUCCGGCGAUGUCUUUGAAUGCCCGUUUUGCUGAAGUCGAAUGUUUGGCCGAGUCCCAUCAACAUUUGAGCAAAGAAUCUUUGGCUGGUAAUAAGCCGGCCAAUGCUGUACUCCAUAAGGUACUGAAUCAAUUGGAGGAGCUGCUUUCGGACAUGAAGAGUGAUGUGUCACGAUUGCCAGCCACAUUGGCUAGAAUACCACCGGUGGCACAGCGUUUGCAAAUGUCCGAACGGUCGAUAUUGUCACGUUUGGCGGCAACAGCAGGAAAUGUUAAUAAUGCAGCUCAAUUGAUGCCCCAAUUCCCAGCCGGUUUUCAAGGAACCAAUUUGCCCGCUUUUGCCGGUGGACCAGCUGCAAACUUUGGCAAUUUCCGACCACAAUUCUCUGUACCCGGUCAGUUAUCGGCUAACAAUACAUCUAAUGUAGGAGGAAAUUAAUUUGUAGCUCUAAACUUUUUACAUAAAAUAAAUAAUCUAUAUAUACAAAUAUAUAAUAUAUCUCUAAUAUAUGCUUGAAGAAUAAUAACAAUAAUAAAAAACCAGACACAGUUUAAUAAUGAAUGUAUAAUGAGUGUACGCGCGUUGCACAAAUUGUGCAAGUAAUAAUUUUUACAAGUAUAAAAUAAAGUAUCAAUAAGAAUCAUUUCUAUUUGUAGUAGUCUUUUUAGUAUUGUGUACUUUAAACAAAUUUUAUUUCGAAUAAAAUAUUUCGCUGCAACAACUACUUUUAGAAUAAAGAUUUCGAACUCUUAUAAUAUACAAAUACAACAAUAAAUAUACCAACAUAUUUUAAAAAA